AUGGCUUCGCUCAUGCAGCGCCGCAUGCUGUCCAAGGAGGACGAGGCAGCCACCGAGGAGGUCGAGGUCCGCCGCGAGGACCAGGACAAGAUCAACAGGUUCAGCCGGCUGCACCAGCGCGAGCUGGCCUUGUCAGAGGAGCUGAAGACCAAGAACAAGGAAAAGGAGGAGCUUGACGACCUGUCCACGGAGCUGGAGCUCGCAGACGAGGACGAGAAGAUACAAUACAAGAUUGGCGACGCAUUCUUCCAUGUGCCCCUGGAGCAGGCGCAGGAGAUGCUCGAGACAGCGACGACGAGACUCGACGACGACAUUUCGGCCCUCGAAGAUAAGAUGAGCACGGUCCGCGAGCAGAUGACGCAGCUCAAGGUCGACUUGUACGCGCGGUUCGGAAAGCAGAUCAAUCUGGAGACUUGA